AUGGCGAUCGCGAGAGAAUCGCGGGGCCACUGGGCUUCGAAGACCGAAUUUCUGCUAUCGUGCAUGGGCUACGCGAUCGGGUUGGGAAAUGUGUGGCGGUUUCCUUACUUGUGCUACAGGAAUGGUGGUGGCGCGUUUUUGGUGCCAUACCUGCUGAUGCUAGUGUUAUGCGGUAUCCCGCUGUUCUUCAUGGAGGUGUGCCUCGGCCAGUUCAGUGGUACUGGGUGCAUUACGGUGUUCAAGAUCGUACCACUGUUCAAAGGAGCCGGUGUUGCGAUCGUUGUGAUCAACUUCAUCUGCACCGCGUACUACAACGCGAUCAUUUCGUACCCGAUCUUGUUCUUGUGGCGUUCGAUGCAGUCCAAUCUGCCGUGGGAAACGUGCGACAAUCCUUGGAAUACGGCCAGGUGUUUGGAGUUGCGUGGUGGUCAUCAGGUAGACCUGUUUCUCAACAACAGCCAGUUGACGGUGGCUGAACGCUACCGAACUCCAGCGGAUGAGUUUUUCCAUAAUGAGAUCCUUCAGCUAUCGGACGGCAUCGAUCACCUGGACGGGAUCGUUUGGCCACUGCUCGUUUGCGACGUGAUCGCGUGGAUUGUGAUAUUCUGCUGCAUUGCAAAGGGUGUCCAGUCCGUCGGGAAGGUGGUGUACUUUACGGCCACGUUCCCGUUCGCCAUCCUUGCGGUUCUGCUCGUGCGUGGUGUCACGCUUCCCGGUGCGAUGGAUGGCAUUCGGUUCUACAUUAUGCCUCAGUGGGAUCAGUUGUGGAACCUGCGCGUGUGGGCUGACGCAGCUGUACAGAUCUUCUUCUCACUUGGUCCCGGCUGGGGUGGUAUCGUAAAUAUGGCCAGCUACAAUCGGUUCAAGAACAACACCAAACUCGACUCGAUCCUCAUCCCGAUCGUGAACUGUGGAACGAGCAUUCUGGCCGGGUUCGUGGUGUUUUCUGUGCUUGGAUAUUUUUCACAUCAAACAGGUCUUCCAGUAGCAACGGCAGCUACCGGAGGGCCAGGACUGGCGUUCGUGACGUAUCCGGAAGCGAUCAGUAUGCUUCCGCUUGCACCAAUGUGGGCGUGUUUGUUUUUCAGCAUGCUUUUUCUGCUGGGUGUUGAUAGUAUGUUCGUGCAAAUCGAAGCCAUCGUCUCGUCGGUGGUGGAUGUUUUUCCCGUUCUGCGAACGAAGAAACUGCUCAUUACCGCUGGAACGUGCUUUCUGCUGUUUCUGCUGUCACUGCCUUGCGUGAGUCGGGGCGGCAUGUACGUGGUGCAGCUGUUGGACUGGUAUUCGGCGUCGAUUUCGGUGAUACUGGUUUGCAUCGUUGAGGUCAUUGCCGUCGGUUGGAUUUACGGGUGUGACAACUUCGUGCGUGACGUGCAGUUUAUGAUCGAUCGUAAAGUCGAGCGGUUUUGGAUAAUAGCAUGGAAAUUUAUAACACCUAUCGUGUUGAUUUUUAUUUUUAUCACCACGAUCGCGUACAACACUGAGGUAUCGUAUAACGGCCAGAAGUAUCCUCGAUGGGCAAUAGCAGUCGGUUGGGCGAGCUGUUUAUCAUCGAUGCUGUGUAUUCCGGCGUUCAUUAUCUAUAAGCUAGCAUGCUCGGAGGGAUCCUUUAAAAAGCGCUUGACGGAGCAAUUAAAACCACAAGACUGGGGUCCUGCCGAUGCCAACCAACGCGCAAUGUGGAGAGACCAUGUGGAAUGUCACCGGAAAGGCGUUAGCAUAGAAGAGUGUAGUACGAAAUAAAGAACCACCGGUUAGACCGAAACAACGACGGGCUUCGUUUUCGUGACGUGUACGGCUCCCGGAUUGGCGGCCACAUUGACUCCUCC